AUGGUGGAUGUAGAGGAAGACGAAGACGUAAUUCCGGUGGAAGAGGACACAGCUUUGACGGAGGAAGACGCUGUUUCGGUGGAGGAAGAUGCAGUUUUUGUAGAGGAAAACGUGAUGGAGGAGGAGGUGGCGAAUGAGCUUAUCGGAGCUCUUUCUUCGCUAAACCAAUCUGAUUUUUAUUUUGCUUAUAUUAUCUCCAUAGAUUUAGAGGAAAGAGAAAAAAAUAAAAGAAAAAUAUAUAUAGGUUGCAAAACUAAGAAGAUUCUCGGUGGCUUUUCAACCCAUGGCGGAGGGAGCGAAGUCGUCGUCCUCAUCUCAGCCGAUGAAACACAAGACUGGAUUCUCGGAGCCGGGUCGGGUUGGGUCGAAGCUCGGACAUCUUGCGAUCACUUGAAUUCUCUGUCUCCCGAUUUGGCUCACUUACCAACUCCUGAUACUCCUUGUUCAAGGUGCCAAAACCCGGUAGAGAACUGGUUAUGCCUUUGUUGUAAGGAGGUUCUAUGCAGCCGUUUUGUGAACAGACAUAUGCUGAUGCAUCAUCAACAAACUGGUCACUGCCUUGCACUCAGCUAUAGUGACUUGUCGGUAUGGUGCUUCUGCUGUGAAGGGUAUCUUGAUGCUCAGAUCAUAUUACAGCUUAGACCAAUUCACCAGGCUGCUUAUAUUCUUAAAUUUGGCGAGGCUCCUCCCUUACCCCAACUUUGA